CUUCUUCAACCACUGCGAGGUGAAGCUUUAAACUUCAGACUUGGAGGUGGGCUGUGUGCAGUAAACUGGAAUACUCCCGCUCGCUCGCUUCUCGGUGUAGGAGUGAUCUGAAGCCGGACAAGCUCAUUCUGCAGAGCCGCCGUUCGCUUUGUGUGGACUGGACGCAGAGCUUGGGACUGGGGGGAGGGUUAUUACUCCAGUUCACAGUCAUUGGAAUUACAGCUGUAGCGGCAGUGUAUAUAGGAUUGCUUUUUCUCGUCUUCCUGGGCUCUGAAGUAACAGAACAUACCUUGUGUAAAAACCUCAACAUUGCUGACCAUGAUCAGCCCAGCCUGGAGCAUCUUUCUCAUUGGGACUAAAAUUGGGCUUUUCCUUCAAGUGGCACCUCUAUCAGUUAUGGCUAAAUCCUGUCCAUCUGUGUGUCGCUGUGAUGCAGGUUUCAUUUACUGUAACGAUCGCUUUCUGACAUCCAUUCCAACAGGAAUACCAGAGGAUGCUACAACUCUCUACCUUCAGAACAACCAAAUAAAUAAUGCUGGGAUUCCUUCAGAUCUGAAAAACUUGCUGAAGGUAGAAAGGAUAUACUUAUACCACAACAGUUUAGAUGAAUUUCCUACCAACCUUCCAAAGUAUGUAAAAGAGUUACAUUUGCAGGAAAAUAACAUAAGGACUAUCACUUAUGAUUCGCUUUCAAAAAUUCCAUAUCUGGAAGAAUUACAUUUAGAUGAUAACUCUGUCUCUGCUGUUAGCAUUGAAGAGGGAGCAUUCCGAGACAGCAACUAUCUCCGACUACUUUUCCUGUCCCGUAACCACCUUAGCACAAUUCCCUGGGGUUUGCCCAGGACUAUAGAGGAACUACGCUUGGAUGAUAAUCGCAUAUCCACUAUUUCAUCACCAUCUCUUCAAGGUCUCACUAGCCUGAAACGCUUGGUUUUAGAUGGAAACCUGCUGAACAACCAUGGCUUAGGUGACAAAGUUUUCUUCAACCUAGUUAACUUAACAGAACUGUCACUGGUGCGGAAUUCCCUGACUGCUGCACCAGUAAACCUCCCAGGCACAAACCUGAGGAAGCUUUAUCUUCAAGAUAACCACAUCAAUCGGGUGCCCCCAAAUGCUUUUUCUUAUCUAAGGCAGCUGUAUCGACUUGAUAUGUCCAAUAACAACCUAAGUAAUUUACCUCAGGGUAUCUUUGAUGAUUUGGACAAUAUAACCCAACUGAUUCUUCGCAACAAUCCCUGGUAUUGUGGGUGCAAGAUGAAAUGGGUACGGGACUGGUUACAGUCACUACCUGUGAAGGUCAAUGUGCGUGGGCUUAUGUGCCAAGCCCCAGAAAAAGUUCGUGGGAUGGCUAUCAAGGACCUCAAUGCAGAACUGUUUGAUUGUAAGGACAGUGGGAUUGUGAGCACCAUACAGAUAACCACUGUAAUACCCAACACAGUGUAUCCUGCUCAAGGACAGUGGCCAGCUCCAGUAACCAAACAACCAGAUAUUAAGAACCCCAAAUUCUCUAAGGAUCAGCGAACUACAGGGAGUCCCUCAAGGAAAACAAUUACAAUUACUGUGAAGUCUGUCACCUCUGACACAAUUCAUAUCUCUUGGAAACUUGCUCUACCUAUGACUGCUUUAAGACUCAGCUGGCUUAAACUGGGCCAUAGCCCAGCAUUUGGAUCUAUAACAGAAACAAUCGUAACAGGGGAACGCAGUGAAUACUUGGUCACAGCCCUGGAGCCUGAUUCUCCAUAUAGAAUAUGCAUGGUUCCCAUGGAAACCAGUAACCUCUAUCUAUUUGAUGAAACUCCUGUUUGUAUUGAGACCGAAACUGCACCCCUUCAAAUGUACAACCCUACCACCACCCUCAAUAGAGAGCAAGAGAAAGAACCUUACAAAAACCCCAGUUUACCUUUGGCUGCCAUCAUUGGUGGGGCUGUGGCCCUGGUGACCAUUGCCCUUCUUGCUUUAGUGUGUUGGUAUGUUCAUAGGAAUGGAUCGCUCUUCUCAAGGAACUGUGCAUACAGCAAAGGUAGGAGAAGAAAGGAUGACUAUGCAGAAGCUGGCACUAAGAAGGACAACUCUAUCCUGGAAAUCAGGGAGACUUCUUUUCAGAUGUUACCAAUAAGCAAUGAACCCAUUUCAAAGGAGGAGUUCGUAAUACACACCAUAUUUCCUCCUAAUGGAAUGAAUCUGUAUAAAAACAAUCACAGUGAAAGCAGUAGUAACCGAAGCUACAGAGACAGUGGUAUUCCAGACUCAGAUCACUCACACUCAUGAUGCUGGAGGACUAGCAGCAGACUGUGUUUUGGGUUUUUUUAAACCUAAGGGAGGUGAUGGUAGGAACCCUGUUCUACUGCAAAACACUGGAAAAAGAGACUGAAAUAAGCAAUGUACUGUACAUUUGCCAUAUAAUUUAUAUUUAAGAACUUUUUAUUAAAAGUUUCAGAUUUCAGGUUACUGCUGCGAUUGAUGUAGUGGAGAUGCCUGAACACAAUUCUAUAUUUUAGUAUUUUUUAGUAAUUUGUACUGUAUUUUCCUUGCAAAUGUUGAAGUUAUAAACCAUUUACUUUGUGUUCUACUGAGUAAGAUGACUUGUUGACUGUGAAAGUGAAUUUUCUUGCUGUGUUGAACAAUCAGGACUGCAUUGACAUGAGAUCCUUGUAGUAUAAGCACAGGCCGUUUUUCACUUUGGUAUUAAAAAAAUGUAAAAAAAAAAAUAAAAAACUGGCUGAGUGGCUGAAUGAGAAAAAUUAAAUUUCAAAAAGCAGUUAUGAAAUAAUGUUCCUAUUAUUAAAUUUGUAUUAGCCCAGUGGUAUUCAAUAAAUUGAAAUGUGUGAAGUAAUGGGCAAUAUCAAAUUUGCUGCAUAUCUCCACUUUACUCUAGAUGAAUUACAUAUCCUUAAGAAAAUUAAGCAUAUCUUCUGAACUGAAUACUUCAGCUGGCAUAAAAGGAGUGUGAAGUCUUUUGUUAACCCAUUGUCAACAAAGCUUUGAGAAUAAAGGACUUCACAAAAACAAUAACGUAAAUGUGCUUCCAAGUUAGGGGGGAAAUGCAUACUGAGGAAAAUAUGAAAUCUUAGACUUGUAUAGUGUUAUGAAUACAAAUACCAAAACCAUAUUUGAGUGUUGCCUUUACCAUCCUAAUUUUUGAAAAGUGAAUUCUAAACACAAAACUGUUAGUGUUGAUGAUGUUUUUGUCAUAAAGGAUGUGAAAGAGAAAUCUUGUGCAUUUUAAAAAGGUAGCAUAACUGUAGGCAAUUCCCCUCAACAAUCCAAAGAAAGUAGCACUUUAAAUAUGUGAGAAUUUAAAAGAAAAAUAAAUACUAGAAAUCAAGUUUAGAUCUGGUUUAUGUGAAAUGUUUUAACACUGUACAUAAAUGUUCAGUUUACUUUCAAAAUGAUCAAGAAUACUGCCCAUUACUGUCACAGUUUUCCAGAUACUACAUAAUGAACUUGUAACAUUUCUUUCUAGCUUCCUACUGAAUUGUGAACUAUUACUUGUUUAAAAACCAUAUCACUUUUCUGUUGCCAUAUUUUUUUUUUUUCAACAAAAAACCAAAGUGCAUUGUACGCCCUUUGGCCAGUCUUGUAUGUGCCUUGAUCCAACGCUACUACAUGUAUUCAGCUUUUAAAACUUGACAAAUUUUUCAUACUUCCUUAAAUAUGAAAAAUUAUGGUCUUAUUGCUGAAUAAAACUUUUAAAAAGUACAGAAUAAUUGUGCUUGCUUUUUCGGGAUUAUGUUACUGUCACUAAAGUAGAAAAUUGCCCAGCACAUUAGUCUUAACAUUCCAUGUAUUUUUCUAGGCAUAAAAAUAAAAGUUGGCUACAAAUUUUAAAAAAUA